CCUCCAGUCAGAUUAGAUUAGCCACUCCUCCGUUAGCAUACGGUGGCUGGCAAUGAUAGCUAACAGCUAGUGUUUUCACGACUUGAAAGAUGGCUGGGGACUUGCGGGGUUUUGCGUUAGAGAAAGCCGAACUGAUUUCCAGUCGUCUAAAAGAGCUCCUGUCCUCCGGAGAAGGUUAUGUCCGCGCUCAGUUCGGGGUGGACCUGGGUCUGAAGCCCGAGCUCUACCCCACGUCAGUCGUCCUGUCCUCGGCCGCCGUGGGUCUGCUGCUGCUGCUGGUUCUGUCCUGGGCCGCCGUCUGUAGCGGUCUGUUUGUCGGGAAAAAGCGGGGAUCCCCGGUCACUGAAGGCAGCGUCGAGCCUGACAAGGCCCAUUUUACGAAGACCGUUAAACCAGAGGAACAGAAGAAGAGGAACAAAAAGAAAGCCGCUGAAAAGAAGAACCAGUCUAAUGGACAACCAGUGACGGUAGCUCUAGAGGAAGUUAAAGAGGCUGAGACAGUUUCCAAACAGUCCCCCAAGGUCCAAACUGAGAAGGUACAUGAGGUGCAGGCCCCGGCCCAAGUGAAAAAGAACAAAAAGAAAACAAAGACAGAUGUGAAACCGGUCCAACAAACAACUGCAAGUGAGGGGAAAGAACCUGAUGAUGGUGCGUGGGAGACCAAAGUCAGUAACCGAGAGAAGAGGCAGCAGCGUAGAAAGGAGAAGGGCCCAGAGGAUUCUGGUGGUCCAGGAUUUGUGGAGGUCCCCAAGACCCAUGUGGAGGCACCUGUUGUCACAGCACUCACCAACACUAAGAAGAAUAGAGGAAACCAUGAGUCCCAGUAUCCGAGAUCAACUGGCAAGGGGGAUGCAGGAAGUGGAGCUGUGGCCUCCAAUUGGAGAGAGGAGCCUUCAGUCAAUGGAGGAGGUUGGACUGAUAUUUCCUUAAAGAUCCCAGGUCAGAUAGGUGCCAUGGAGGGGACAAAGUGGACAACCAUCCCAACUUCUACGCAUUAUAGGACCCAACCUGAACCCAAGUCUUGGGCACAGGAAACGCAAGCAGCAGCAGCGUGGAGUGGCAUCAAUGGCAGAAUGAAAAAUAACCUCAGCCCUGUGUCUUUCUCCAUGUUGGGACUGAACACAACAGACCCAGCGUCAAAUUCGAUUGACCUGCAGUGGACGAACCGCCAAGAUGUUGAUGAUGAAUGGUCUGGAUUCAAUGGGAUGGCUGCGGUGGACCCUAGCUCUGACUGGUAUGCCCCGAUAGAGCACUGGGGAAACUACGAGGAGCCGCCUGUGUUGGCAACAGCAGCUCCUCUGCCAAAGGAACAACCUGGAUUCAACAAGUUGUCAGAAGAUGAGAAGGACGGUGAGGAUCCUGCUGGUGGAGCCGCUAAAUCCAAGAAGAAGAGGAGGAAGAAGAAAAAAGCAGAGGAAGAGGCUGCAUCUGUGUCUCAGAUGGUGACCGCAGCAUCCUUGAUAAACACAGGACCUAAAUGGCAAGAGCUUCCAGCAGCCCAAAAGCAGAAUCCCAGCAUAUCCUCCUCUCAGAAGAAGUGCGAGCAGAUGGCAGAGCCUCCGAAGCCCUCCCAAAAACAAAAGGUCCGAAGGGAAACAUGAAGUCACGUCACAGGUCCACACAAAGCAUAUGCAAAAUGAUUGUUAAACGUGUCACAUGCAAUAAUUACCAGGUACAGAGUUUUCUUUGUUGCAUUAACAGUUUAUCAGUUAUCAAAACAAACAGAAAACAAGCAGUGGAUACGAAGUGCUUGGUUGAAUAUAGUGAUGAAAUGUGGUCCUAUGGACUCAAAUCUUAACAAAUUUGCACUAUUUGCUACACUGCAAAAAAGAGUGGGGUUUCAGGAGAGCUUUUCAUGCAGUGGAGGUACAUUUUUGUAAACCUUUUUUUUAUGACAUUAAAUAUGUUUUCUUUUUUCCCAUCAAGAGUGUAUGUUUAUCAUUAUCCCAGAAUUAUAAGACAGGUUUGAUUUUUUUCUUAUUUAGGUUAUAAUAGAAGCAUUGUGUUUUUUUGUUUUGUUUUGUUUUGCUCCCCUGAAUGUUGCACUUUGUUUUGUUGUCAUGCUGCUGCUGCCUCUUACAUCCAGGAUAAAGUCCUGGAGCUACAACUGGAACUGUAUGUGAGUGUUUCUAACUGGUUUAAAUGAUUUGUGGUUUAGAUUGUUGACUUAACUGAAAAAUAAACUGCAACACCCGAAGUGGUUGUAAGAUGAUGCAUUCGAUCAGUUUGGUUAACUUAUAAUCCAAACAUUUCAACAAUACACUGUACUUUAUCU